CUCUCCCUAUUCUUGGCUCGGAGCUUCGCCGUGCUCUUUUUGAUUUCUCCUCGUCCAUUCACAGAGACAGAGAGCCGCGAUGGCGGAGGAGAGCAAGAGCGGCGUAGGAGCGGUGGCGCAGGCGGCGACGUCGCCCAAGAUCGUCCUGAAGAGCAUCGACAUGAGCGAGAAGAUGCGGAACGACGCGAUCGACUGCGCCCGCGCCGCGUUUGAGAAACACAGGUUGGAGAAGGAAAUCGCCGAAUACAUCAAAAAGGAAUUCGAUAAGAAGUAUGGGCAAACUUGGCACUGCAUCGUCGGGCGCAACUUCGGAUCAUAUGUAACACAUGAGACCAACCACUUCCUUUAUUUUUACGUCGACUCGAAGGCUGUUUUGCUAUUCAAAUCUGGAUGACUGUGAGUUCUUCCUGCUAAUCCGAUGCCUGGAUUCUGCUCCGAAUCUUUGGCUUGUCUAUCUUAUUAAGGAUCUUCUGCACUCCCUGUAUAUCUCAUGCACAUCUCCGCUUUCACCUUGAACCGCUUUGAACAAUGUAUUUGUUGAUCUAUCAGGGAAAUAUCCUAACUUUUGGUUGAAAUUUGUGCCAUAUUAGCAAACAGAUUUCUCUGGGCCAUCGAAAAUGAGCAAGGUCAACAUUCUAAGGGCAGGAAAAUGUACGACUUUCCUCUUCUUUAAAUCUUCUAGGAUUCACAUGAACUUGUAUAUUUGGAUUCUGUGUCGCCCACAAUCAAUCAUUAUGCACCUUUGUUGUCAC